AGCCUCAGGUGGUCCCGGGUCAGCGCUCCCCCUCAUCCCGCCGACGAGGCGUCAGCAUCUCUGCUGCUGUGCCCCCAGGAGUGGCCUCCUCGGCCCCUUGGACGCUGGCUCGGGAAUGUUUUUCACCUGCAGAAUUACUCUUCCUUAGCUAGCUCACAAUAAACAAUGUUUGGUCUUUUAAGCCCGUAUCAGUGAAUGACAAAACCAUCCAAUUGUGCUGCUGUUGCUAUGUUUGCAGGUAAGGCAAACUGCCCUUACUAUGCCAAAGCUGAACUCCUGGCUGACUAUCUCCAGACUAACUUGCCCAACUUCAGGGUUCACAAGAUUACUCAGCACCCUGACAAGUGGGAGCAGUGGCUUCAUGACAUUUGUGAAACAAAUGGAUGGAAACACAGUCAGUCUCCUAUCAUUUGGAGAGAACUGUUGGACCGUGGAGGGAAGGGUCAGCUUCUGGGAGGACUGAAUGAUUUUCUGGAAUAUGCUCAGAAGUAUUAUGGCAUCACUUCAAUGAUGCUGAGUGAGGAGAUGUUAGCCAUUGCUGAGGAGAACCUGCGGGCACAUCUUGAAAUUGUAAAAGAGGAUGAAGAGAUUAAAAGUCUUAUCAAUCCUAUGCAGAUCUGGAUUACCAGUGCAUCAGCUCCAAUCUGUUAUCAUCUGAUCCCGCUGUUGGCAAAUGGAGAAGUGUUUGGGAUGACCACAGAAAUCAGUAUCCAUUUGCUUGACACUGAGCAGUUUAAGGAAAUGCUUCACGGCAUUGUAAUGGAAGCUGAAGACAUGGCAUUCCCACUUCUCCGCAGUAUUUCAGAGCACACAAAAACAGAUCAGGCUUUUAUUGAUGCUGAUGUUAUCAUUGUUCUUGAUGAUGUCCUCUUAAACCUUGAAGUCCAAUCCCUUGAGAACUACAUCAGAGAAGUGAGUGAGAUCUGCCAAGUGUAUGCCCCCUUGAUUGAGAAGAAUGCCAAGAGUGAGGUCAAAAUCAUUUCAUCAGGAAAAACCUUUGCAAACCUUAAGGCAACAAUGUUAAGGAUGUAUGGCCCAUCCAUUAGGCCUGAAAAUAUAAUUGCCAUUUCAACAUCCUGGGAAAGUGCAGCUAAAGCCAUGCUGGCCAGGAAGCUGAAUAUGAACACAGCAGGAGUUAAAGAUGUGAUUGUUUGGGGCAAUAUUACUGGGUCUAACUGCAUUGAUUUGUCACAUGCAAAACUUUAUGGAUAUGAAUGUGCUAUUCGGGGCCCUCCUAAUUUUCAACGUCCUUUGUUGAAUAUGAUUUAUGAUAGCGAAUGGAUCCACUCAGAGCUGGUGUCGGCGCAGAGCACGCUGGGUUCCCGGGUGUCCCGUUGCAAGGGAAUGUUACCUGCUCAUGCCAUAGCCACGGUGCUGCGGUACUGGUACCAUGGCUCUCCUUCUGAGGAGAUCAUUUCUGUGGGAAUACUUAGUGAAGGUCAGUUUUGCAUUCCUGAAGGAAUUAUCUUCUCUAUGCCAGUGAGGCUCCAGAAUGGUAACUGGGAAGCCAUGACAGAACUAGAAAUUAAUGAAACUACCCAAAAAGUUCUGUGGCGCUUAGGCCAUGAGCUGGUUCAGGAAAAGCUCGUUGCACUAAAGGAAAUAAAUGAAAUGCAUCCAUAUGAAGCAGAAUAAAAACUCCACAUCUUCUCCCACGUGUUUCUCUACUGCUUUUCCUAUCAUUUUGCUUUUCAAGUUUUGUCCUCAUUCAUCAAAAGAAGAACAGAUAAACACUAAAUCAUGUUUCAGUUUUGUUUUUUCACUUUUCCCUCUAUUUUCAGGUUGUGAAAUUCCUGCUCUUUUCCAAUGUUCUCACAAUUUCUUUCUAAUUUUCAUUUCUAUAGACCUUUUUCCUACUUUGUUUUCUUUCUCCCUUCCUUCAGAUUCUUUUCAGUAUCAGCCUAUUCUUUAUUAUGAGCUGUUCUUCGCCAUUAAGGAUGGGCUGAAGAAUGGGGAAACUUUUCCGAGUUAGAUACCCAGAGCCUCUACUGAGCACAAAACCUUUUGGUUUUCCAUGGUUGGUUUUUGGGAAAGGGCUAAAGACACAGUAAGACAUUCUUCAUGAAUGCAGGAUUUAAUUAUUUGGCUAACCAUGAUCUUGUUUAACCCAGACAGGGAAUUCCCAAUGAGAUAAGAGUGUCCUUCCCUGUCUGCUCUCUACCUGUAUGGCACUGCUGUUCUGUAGAGCUGUCCUGUUCCUCUUGUGUCAGCAUGCAAUGCUAAGCAGAGGCCUUAACACUGCUAGCAGCAAUGUGCUUAGUUGUGGCCUUCUCCUGUGACAUCAGUAUCAGGUGUUCAAGUAUUCCCAAAGUGCCCUGCUUUAUCUCCUUGCAUGUGGAAGUAUUUUAGGAGGCUAGCAAAAAUAGCUCAUGUUUUGCCUUUUUUUUUUUAAACAGAAAUGGAAACCUUACCUACUGGGUCACUUUAGCUAGAGUUUUCUGGAGAAAAAAAUGCUGGAAAUUCUCAUAUUAAAUAAGGUUUCCAUUGCCCAAAAGAGCAAACUAAAAAGAAAGUCUAAACAUUGCUGUAGCUUUUGCAGUAUUUUCCUCAUUAAAAAAAUCUGGGAAAUCUCUAGGUGGAAAAAAAUUUCAAAACCAGCACAAAUGUAACAUUUUUAACCUGUAGACCAAAGUAAAAUUACUACUGAUUUUAAUGAGUCUAAGAUUUCAUUUGCAUCUAACCAUGCAAGUGGGUUUUUUCAGACCAAUAAACUAUUGCAAAAACAUAGUUUAAUGCCUAAAAUGUUCAUAUGAAAAAUUUGAGGACUGUCACAUACAGUGAGUAGAUCUUUUGUAAUUCCAAAUAUUUUUUUCAGAGGUACUGAAACACAGUGUUUUUGUAAUAAAAUAUCUUCUUAGGAAAAAUUGAUUUUUAAACAAAAAAUAUUUUUAUAUAUCUCCUUAGUGACAAGUUCAUCUUUGUUUCCAUGUUUUUCUUAUUUAUUUAAUGAGUUUCAAGAGAAUACUCAUGUGUUUUAAGUCAAACAUAAUUAAAUUCUUGUUUAAACGGAAUUGUUGAGGAACCACUUUUACUUGCAUCUUUGGUGUCUUAAAUGAUGAAGAUUGUGUUAAUGAUGUUCCUGUACUUGCUAAUUUUUUAAUCAGAUAUGUUUGAAACAAAAUAGAAAGCUUCCUGUUCUUUGAAUCAGUUACAUAUAGUUGCAAUAAAUUCAUUAUUUCUGUUCAAAUGGAGGUUCAAGCUCUGAAUGGGGGAAGACUUCUUAUAUGAGGAAACCAAGAUAAUUUACUGUCUGAUUAGGACAGGACUGGGAGGGGUGUCUUGCUGGUCUUAGGAAGAGGAGCUCAGAGAGCUGGACUAUCACAAGUGGUCUGGAAGAAUCUGGGAUUCUAUGCAAAGUGUAUAUGGGAGAAGCAACAUUUAGAGGAACUGAGAUAUUAUUGUAAGUAUCUUCAUGGAAUAGUUCACAUGGAAAUUGUAGAGGUAGGUGUUGUUAAAAGACUUGAAGAGAAGGGUUGGGAACCAUUCAUUUCAUGGGAAGUAGUCCCCAG